UUUAAGAUCACGAUCAUUCUCUUGUCAGCAGACCUCAGAGUUCUGAUGGUUUACUGGAUCUGGAAUUUAUCUGCUCAUGAUCUGGUUUUCUGUCUCACAGCCUCAGAGGUCCUCGGGGACCAGACUGCUGUGCGAUUGGCUGAGAGGAUGAAGGGGCGGACCGACUGGGUGAUGAACCAAUGGGGGAAUAGAAAUGGUCGAGUUGGAGAGCUGAUUGACCUAUUGGAGAGUCUGCAGCUGCUGCGCCCCCGUGAUGUCAUCCUGGACUGGCUCUCCAGUUGGAAUCCCCCCGUGUGUGUGUGUGUUUUGCAGGACUGUGUGUUCCUGUCGUGGUCUCAGAGGAUUAACAUUGUUCACGGAGCAUCAGCAGCUCUGCAGUUUCUUCACUUCCCCCCCAGAGGACAAACACCACUGAUCCACGGAGACGUCAAGAGCUCUAACAUCUUGCUCGACCGUCACCUGGUGGCCAAGCUUUCCGACUUUGGUCUGGCUCGGUUCGUGUCUCGGAGCCCGUCGGCUUCCUUGCCGGCUCCAACGAUGUCCGUUGGUAAAACGGCGACAGUUAGAGGAACGUUGGCUUAUCUGCCGGACGAAUAUGUGAGGAACGGACAGCUGGGGACGGCGGUGGACGUCUACAGCUUUGGAGUGGUUCUGCUGGAGGUGCUGACUGGACGCCGAGCGCUGCACACAGACGGGAGGUCUGGACAGAGAUUCCUGAAGGACCUUGUGGAGGAGCUGGAGGACUCAUCUGCAGCAGCUUGGAAGAAACAGCUGGACGAACGGCUGACAGCAGGGGGAGCUGUUGAGCCGGCCAGCUGCUUGCAGGUUGCUGCUUUAGCCUGCAAAUGUUUGGACAAGAACAAGAGGAAGAGACCAGCCAUGAACAAGGUGUUUUACAUACUGGAGGAAAUCCAGGCCUUUGUGGGGACAACCAGCUCCUCCUCCUCCUCUGGCGCUCCAUCUGUCCCCAGACCUCCUCCCUGUCUGGACUCCAGUGUGGGAGCUCUGUCCCAGCAGCUGUCCACACUGGGACCACUGGAGGACAGCUACCCAUCAUCCCAGUCCUCCCAGUCCUCCCAGUCCUCCCCAUCUCUCUGCUCCCUUCCCCCUCCUCACCCCCUUCGUUCCUCCUCCUCCCUCCCCCCUCUGUCCUCCUUGUCCUUCCUGGGUCCAUGUGAGACGGAUGAAAGUCGAGGUUUCUCCCAGUAUGACCUCAGUUCCCAGUUUAACGGCACCAGCAGCAGAGACCAGAACCCUCAUCCACACCCGUCUGUCCCCACAGAGGACCGGUACAACUUCCCCCCACAGCCCAGCAGCACCAGCGACAGUGCAGCAGGAGCCACAGCAGGAACCACAGCAGGGUUCUGUGGGUUCUCUCCUGCAGGGUCCCUGCAGUCAAUGUUUCCGGUCCACUCAGUUCACAUGAAUCCCAGAAAGCAGCGGCUGCUGGAGAAGAAAGCUCAGUACGAAGAGGGAAGAAUCCAAACUCCUGAGCUGCUGUCGUCUGAUGAUCUCUAUGGACAGGAGAGUUCUGACUUCAGAGGACCAGAGGAAAGCGAUGAGCUCGAAUAUCUUCCUGCCAAACACGACUGAUUGUGAUCCCCACAGGAACCAGAGGACCAAAGAUGAACGUUUCCGUUCACACUUGUGAAUGAUCUCAGAAGAAGCUGCAGCUGUUUCCAGCUGUGCCUUUACAGUGAAACCUGCUGAGACAGAGUUCAGAGAACCAAAACCAACAUGAAGAGUUUUAUUUGUCACAUGCCCACACGUCCUGGGCAGUAAAACCCAAAGUGCCUGAUCCACACAGCUGUGCAUUAACAGGAGAGGAAACCUUCUUUAAGAACAGAAAAGGUCAAAUGACAUCCAACCAACAUUCCCAUCAGCUCUGCUGGACUGCAAACUGUCAGCAACUAUUUAUUGAUCAUGUUCACUCAUUUUUAAAGUUACAUAUUUUUAAUUAUUGUCAUUAAAUUCUGAAAUAAUACAUAUGCGACAUGUGAAUGUGCCUUAGCUGAUGUUUGAUGUUGGACCACUGUGAAUGUGAUUUGUGAAACUUGAACAAACGGUUUGCAUCAGCACAAUAAACACAUUCUUAUUCCA